GAGGGCGGAGGGUGGUGGCAGCGCUGGCGCUGGGGACCGGCUCGGUGGCUUCGGCAAACAGUUUGGCGCCGGCAGCCGCCGGCCUCCCUCCGCAGCUCGCCCUCGACACGGCUCGCAGCCUCCUCGCCGCCGGCAGCCCGCAAUGUGGCCCACCGUGCGGGUGUAGCAGCUGCGCGUGCGCGGAACCGCGGGGCCAUGAGCGAAGCCGGCGGCGGUCGGGGCUGUGGGUGCCGGGUCCCCCAGCGAGCGCCAUGGAGCCUGGUGGCAGCGACGGCCUCUCUCUGCCUGGUGUUGGCCACGUCCGUGUGCACGGCGAGGGCCGCGCCCAUGAGUAGGGAAGAGAAGCAGAAGCUUGGAAAUCAAGUCCUGGAAAUGUUUGAUCAUGCUUAUGGCAACUAUAUGGAACAUGCUUACCCAGCUGACAAACUCAUGCCUUUAACCUGCAGAGGCCGUGUCAGAGGCCAGGAGCCGAGCCGGGGUGAUGUAGACGAUGCCUUGGGAAAGUUUUCCCUAACACUGAUUGAUUCUUUGGAUACUCUUGUGGUUUUAAACAAGACUAAGGAAUUUGAAGAUGCUGUGAGAAAAGUCCUAAGAGAUGUUCAUUUAGAUAAUGAUGUGGUUGUGUCAGUGAUUGAAACAAACAUCAGAGUUCUUGGGGGUCUUUUAGGUGGACACUCACUGGCGAUCAUGCUGAAGGAAAAAGGUGAAUACAUGCAGUGGUACAAUGAUGAGCUUCUCCAAAUGGCUAAGCAGCUGGGCUACAAACUCCUACCAGCUUUCAACACUACCAGCGGCCUUCCUUAUCCCCGAAUUAAUUUAAAGUUUGGCAUCAGAAAGCCGGAAGCCCGGACAGGAACUGAGACAGACACCUGUACAGCCUGUGCAGGGACCUUGAUCCUUGAGUUCGCUGCACUGAGUCGGUUCACAGGAGCGACAGUAUUUGAGGAAUAUGCAAGAAAAGCUCUUGAUUUUCUCUGGGAAAAAAGACAACGAAGUAGCAAUUUAGUAGGCGUGACUAUCAAUAUCCACACUGGAGACUGGGUGCGCAAAGGUAUGGAAGCUGGGCUUUAAAACCCAGACCUUGGGAUGGUUGGUAAUCCAGCGUUUGUGAAGACCACCAGGCUUGCAUUGUUUCAUGCCUUAGUCAUGUAGCAUUAGCAGGUGUAGGGAGAGACAAGACCCCGGAGUUGAUUUCUCUGAGGACUAGGGAUCAGAGUACUUCAUCUCACUUCACAAUUUAGUGGAUAUAUUUAAUAAUGUUAUCACAGUCUCUCCAUGUGUGUGUAACCUAUGUUUGUGUCUGCUCCAUGUCUGUAAGAUGAGGCAUUAGUACUGCUUCAGAGUUACUGUGAGGUUCCAAGAGUUAACU